AUGCCGCUCAGCUCCGCUCUAGUGAGCAGGAACUACGACUACGAUUACGACUCCCUCCAGCCGUACUUUUACUACGACCACUCGGAGGAGGAUUUCUAUCCGCAGCAGCCGCAGCCCCCGGCGCCCAGCGAGGACAUUUGGAAGAAGUUCGAGCUUCUUCCCACGCCGCCGCUGUCGCCCAGCCGGCGGCCGUCACUCUCGGGCUUGCCCUACCCAUCCACCGCCGACCAGUUGGAGAUGGUGAGCGAGUUCCUCGGCGACGACGCAGUCAACCAGAGCAUCAUCUGCGACGCCGACUACUCUCAGAACUUCCUCAAGUCAAUCAUCAUUCAGGACUGCAUGUGGAGCGGCUUUUCGGCCGCGGCUAAGCUCAAGAAGGUGGUGUCCGAGCAGCUCGCCUCGCUGCACGCUGCCCGGAGGGAGUCCACCGCCUCCUCUGCCGGCGCGGCCAGCCCCGCGACCCCUCCCGGUGGGACCGCCUGGAGGCUGAACAGCAGCUACCUGCAGGACCUCAACACGUCGGCGUCCGAGUGCAUCGACCCCUCGGUUGUCUUCCCCUACCCGGUGGCUGAGACCCCCAAGCAGGGCGAGCCCCCCUGUCAAGACUUGAGACUGGACACGCCGCCCAACAGUGGGAGCAGCAGUUGCAGUGACUCAGAGGAAGACGACGACGAUGAGGAAGCUGUGGGUGAUGAAGAUGAGGAUGAGGAAGAGGCGGAGGACGAAGAGGAGAUCGAUGUAGUGACAGUGGAGAAGCGACAGUCGGCUAAACGCCCCGACUCGUGCGUCUCGACGGACACUCGCCAUCCCGCCGGCCCCCUGGUGCUCAAACGUUGUCACGUCACCACCCACCAGCACAACUACGCCGCUGCCCACCCGCCCGCUCGGCAUGAGCGACAGCCGCUUCUCAAGCGCCUCAAGAUGGACAACGGAGCUGCAGGAGGCGUGAGCCAGAGCCGCGUGCUGAAGCAGAUCAGCAGCAACCGCAAGUGCGCCAGCCCGCGCUCCAACCCGUCAGACUCUGAGGACCACGACAAGCGUCGGACUCACAACGUGCUGGAACGCCAGCGGCGGAACGAGCUCAAGCUCAGCUUUUUCGCGCUGCGUGACGAGAUCCCCGAGGUGGCCAACAACGAGAAGGCAGCCAAAGUGGUCAUCCUGAAGAAGGCGGCCGAGUGCAUCCGGGAAAUGCAGGCCGACGAGCGCCGUCUGCUGUCGCUCAAGGAGCAGCUCAGGCGGCGGGCGCAGCUCCUCAAGCACAAACUCUCAACGCUGCAUGAGCAGCGCGCUUAA